AUGAUAUCUGAAUUUUACGGUAGAUUUCUGACCGGCAAUGUGCAGCAUUUCUGUGUUCCGCAGCGCCUCAAGCCUCCCGGCCCUUCAUCGUCAGGUUACAGAGACUCCGGAGCUGAUAUAGCAUACAACUUGGGGCAAAAGAAGAGCGUCGACGUCAUUAAGCCGACAACCGAUCCCAACCCCACCCACGAUAGCGACUGGACGUUCCCAGACACCGAAGAUGGCAUACUUGAGGCCAUCCGAAGAGGGGCGACCCACCUUUGGGCCAACACUAUCGUCUUUGCUUCGCAUCCAUUGCAGACCUCGGCGUCGAUAGGAAAGUAUGCUGAUACUGUUCGUGUCGUUGGCCAGAGUCCGCUCUGUGUUGAUCGAUACGACAAUAAAGACUGGGUAAACAACCUGUUGCGAAAAUCCGACGGCUUCAGCAUGCCGCGCUCCUGGGCCAUACCGACUGGAUCUGCUCCAAGCGUCGAUGACCUCAAGAGACUACCGUACCCCAUCGUAGCGAAGCCAAUCCGCGGCCGCGGAAGCCAUGGCGUCAAAGUCUGCCGGAGCCCUGAGGAGCUGGCAGCACACGCGAAGAGUCUCGCUGAUGAGGACGCUGCCGUGAUGCUGGAAGAAUUUUUGCAGGGUGAGGAGGGCACUGUUACAGUUAUGCCGCCCACGGCGGAGAAGAAGGGGUACUGGGCGCUGCCUGUGGUAUCACGCUUCAAUCAUCAUAAUGGCAUUGCACCGUACAAUGGCACCGUUGCUGUCACAGCCAACUCCAAAGUCGUCCCUGAUUGUGAGAAGGACCCUAUCUAUGCGCAGGUAAUGAGAGAGUCAGAGCGGGCUGCUGAGCUUCUUGGUGUUACUGCUCCGAUCCGUAUCGACGUUAGACGCUAUAGUGACUCACCCGAUUCAAAAUUUGCCCUGUUUGAUGUCAACAUGAAACCGAAUAUGACUGGUCCUGGUAGACCUGGGCGUGAUGACCAAGCCAGCCUCACGAUGAUGGCAGCCUCUGCUCUAGGCUGGGACUACAAAGAACUCUUGGGACAGAUCCUUGCGACUUCGAGCACUUUGGCGACAUUGAGAGCCUUGCAGCCCAGAGAGAUCCCAUGA